AUGUGGACUGCGGUGCCGAUCUAUGACGACCACCGACUGGAUGAGUGUAGACUCUUAUGGGUUGCCAUCGCUCUCGACGUUGGUUGGAAGCGAUUUGCCCCGAUCGCGGAACCCAUGUCCGAAGGAAACGAGCUGGAGCUGGAGGAAUGGAAUGGCCGCAUUGGCAAUCAUUAUUUCCAAAUUUCUCAGGUGAUCGUGUUUGCUCUUCUCUGUGGAGUAUCUUCAGUAACCUUCCCAGACCCGAUUCUGAAUCCGAAAGGAUACCAGAGCCAAGUAGGAAUGUUGUUGAUGCCAAAACGACUUUUUCUUGAAGGAGUUGGUGUUCCUGGCACAUUGAGUCCCGGCACUCCCCUCUACAUACCAGCGUCAUGUCCACCAAUCAUCAAGGAUGCCAACUGGUACCACCAACACUGCACCGGUGUCCCUGCGUUUCGGCACCGGCAAGUGAUGCAGCACUUUUUGCGUCCGAACUUGGGACAAAGUCUCUUGGAGCUCGAGAAGCAAUUGAGUGCACCCUCCGAUUCCAACUCCGCCGCGUCGGAUCAAAUGCUGACCGUUCAUUUGAGAGGUGACGAUGUUGGGCGUGUCCCACAUUACGAGAUGAGCCAACCACCGUGCAGUUUAUAUCGUCGCAUCAUCUUUGAGCAUCACUACAAGAGCGUCACACUGGUGCAUUCGGGAUUUGGCCGCAAACCUGCUUGUGCCGACCUCUUCAAAAAGGACUUGAACGACUUCGUUCGGCUGCACAUUCCCUCGGAUGGUUCUAUCGUCCACCAUUUUGCCACGCUGAUGAGUGCGAAGUAUCUGUUUCUGUCCUUCUCCAGCUUCGCUGUUUCCGCAGCCCUGUUGAGUAAAGAGGUGAAAGUGCUCUACCGCCGGAUCGGAGUGGAAUGGGAAAGCGUGCUGCAUUCCAAUCUGAACUGCAACAUUUGGCCUGGUACAGUGAUGUACGAGUACAAAGCUUACAACGUACCAAUGGACUCGCUGAAAGAGGGCGGUCCCUUACGAUGGCUGCAGGAAUUUCCUUGGUGGAACUUUACUGGGCCUUACGUUUGUGAAUACAGCCGCCAGGAAGGCAAAUUCGUAGAAGCCGCGGACCCUUUAGCGACCACCACCACCACCACAACGACCACAACGACCACAUCUGGAGCAACGACCACCACGACCACGACCACGGUUGAAAGCUUCGAAGUGAACGUGCAAGAUCCUGAUGAUGAAUCUUCCCGCGCAGCAUCCACCGCAUCCGACAUGAAUGUCACCUUGCCAUCGGUCCACAGUAUGAGCUGCGACCCAGAAGUCAAGCGCUUCAACAAACGCUGCCCAGAGACGGUGACCAUCAAGGAGUGGAAUGGAAGGAUAGGAAACCACUACUUUCAGAUCAGUCAAGCCAUCGUGUUUGCCGUGAUGUGCAGCACGCCCAUUGUCCAGUUUCCCAAACUCAUCUAUGCGCCGAAGAGAUAUCAGAACCAGAUGGGGAUGUUGGCGAUACCGCGACAAGUGCUGCUGAGAGGAUCCCGCUCCGAUGGUCAAUGCAUGGUCCCCAAGGCCUGUCCCGUGAACUUCGAACGAAUCAACUGGUAUCACGGUCACUGCCUGAAGAUCCCUGUGUGGCGCCAUCGACAAGUGAUGCAGAAGUUCCUGCGGCCUAACCUGGGUCAGGAUUUGCUGCGAUCCUUGGACCUUUGGGAUCCAAAAUGCUGGUGGUAA